AUGGACGAAAACCAAACAGAAGUUGUAAGAGAAUUUGUCCUGGCAGGCUUCUCAGAGACACCAGCUGUUGAAGCAGGGCUCUUUGCACUAUUCCUCAUCUUCUACGUGUCCACUUGGGUGGGCAAUGUCCUCAUCAUCGUCACAGUGACCUCUGAUAACUACCUUAAUUCAUCACCCAUGUAUUUCCUUCUUGGCAACCUCUCUUUCCUGGAUUUAUGUUAUUCAACAGUCACUACCCCUAAGCUUCUGGCUGACUUCCUCGAUGAUCAGAAACUCAUUCCAUAUGACCAAUGUAUCAUUCAGCUCUUCUUCCUGCAUUUGGUAGGGGCAGCUGAGAUGUUCCUGCUCACAGUGAUGGCCUAUGAUCGCUAUGUUGCAAUCUGUCGUCCCCUGCACUACACCACUGUCAUGAGUAAAGGUUUGUGCUGUGUGCUCAUUUUUGCUUCCUGGACGGGGGGAUUUGUCCACUCCAUUGUCCAGACGAUUCUCACUAUCCGCCUGCCCUUUUGUGGGCCGAACCAUGUAGACAACUUCUUUUGUGAUGUUCCCCCUAUCAUUAAACUUGCCUGUGAGGACACCUUUGUCAUUGAAUUGCUAAUGGUAUCUAAUAGUGGGCUGAUCUCCACCAGCUCCUUCGUGGUGCUGGUUUCUUCUUAUACAACUAUCCUAAUCAAGAUUCGUUCCAAGGAGGGAAGGCAAAAAGCACUCUCCACCUGUGGCUCUCACCUCAUGGUGGUAACACUCUUUUUUGGACCCUGUAUUUUCAUCUAUGCUCGGCCCUUCUCCACUUUUUCUGUGGACAAGAUGGUGUCCGUGCUCUACAAUGUUAUUACUCCCAUGUUGAACCCCCUCAUCUACACACUACGAAACAAAGAGGUCAAAUCAGCCAUGCAGAAGCUGUGGGACCAAAGUGGACUUAGAAGAACUAAUUUUUUGAAGGCAGAGAACUUCAGGUUAAAACAUUGA